ACAACUGUCUUAGUGGAGCGACUUCAGAAGCAAAGCAGUUGCAAUAAUCUAACAGUCAGAACAUUGACUAACAGUCCUAUUGCGAAAGCCAACGUGCACUUUUGCGCUCAGCGGCUUCCACAAUGGACCAUACACCUCCGCCUCCGCCUCCGCCUCCACCUCCACCCUCAUCUCGUCGAGAAGACGAAAUUUCGAUACCAAGUAUUGCAAUGCCGCCUCCACCUCCACCUCCACACCUGUUCAAAUCAUCAAGACCGGCGAUCAUAGUACCCCCACCUCCUCCAGUGCCUUCUGGAGCGUUUGAGCCCAUAGACAAAGCACACUACUGGCAGUUCCUCAAAGACACGAAAGCAAACAUGCCCGGUGAACCCUUCCAGCCAUUCCACAUGUUCUUCUACGGUUCACUCAUGGAUCCUGAAGUCCUCCAAGCAAUUCUCGAUCUCCCGGAACUCCCGACUACAAGGCCUGCUACCAUUUCUGGUUUCCGUAUCAAAAUGUGGGGCAUAUAUCCAACAUUGAUACCCUGCCACUCUAGAAGCGUAACUGGGACUGUGUGGAAGGUGUCCUCGGAAGCCCACUUCGACCGUUUGGCAGCUUACGAGACUGCCGCUUACAGAUGGGACGAGUGUGAUGCAGUUUUGGAAGGUGGAGAGGUUCUCAGGAAUUGUCGGACGUUCUGCUGGGCAGGGGAACCUGAUAGUAAGGAACUUGAAGACGGUAGUUUCGAUCUGGAACGCUACCAGAAAUACUUCAAGUCUUCCGUCACCAGGCGGCGGUCGCCAGUGCCGUAAGCAACGGUUUGAAGCGGUGGAUGCAAGGCUCAUUCCAUAAUUCUCUUGAGCAGGAUAAAUAUCAUUUAAAACCUCUUCUGCUCUCUC